GCCUUGCUUCACUGGUCUCCGACCCGAAAGACGAGCAGCCAACAACUCUAUGCGGCGGUUCAGCAACGCCGCGGCAGAGUGGAUGGAGGCAAACGGCUACGAGGUGAAAUCGAAGCAGGGUCGAGGAGGGAGCAGUUGGGCUUCCUUCCAGACCCUGGAGACGGACAAGGGCGACUUCUUCGUGAAGACCUCCAACCGUCCGGCAGAGAAAAUGUUUAAAGGUGAAGCCUUAGGCUUAGAUGCCCUGCGUGCUGCAGGCGGUGUCUGCGUUCCCAAAGUCAUCCACUACGGUGACGACGGCAAAGGAGGUUCCUACAUCAUCAUGCAGAAGCUUUCCAUGGGUGGCCGACCCAACAUGAAAGAGUUCGGCAAGGCUUUGGCAAAGAUGCACCUGGCCGAGCCGGCAGACCAAACCGCCAAGGAGGGCAAAUUUGGCUUCGAGGUGGACAACACCAUCGGCGGCACCCCGCAGUCGAACACCUGGACCAGCAACUGGGUUGACUUCGUGCGUGAGCAUCGCCUCGGAGCACAGGUGAGGAUGGCCGGCAGCACCGAUCUUCAACGAACCUGGAAGCAAGUCCUUGAG